GUGGGUGUGGGUGUGGGUGUGGGUGUGUGGGUGUGGGUGUGGGUGUGUGUGGGAGUGGGUGUGGGUGUGGGUGUGGGUGGGUGUGCGUUUGAGUGGUAUGGGUGUGAAUAGAUGCCGUUAGAAAGAGGCACACCCACACCCACAUCCACACCCACAUCCACACCCACACCCACACCCACACCCUUAUUCUCUCAUCGUCAUUCCUAGUAAUAAAUCAGUCGAAGUCACAUAUGUACUUUUUGUUGCAAUAUCUCUUGUUAGUCUUUGAAAGAAGGAGACAAAACGAAAAUAUCCAACCGAAACAUAGAAAGAUAAAUGUUGUCCCGAUAUGAAGCAUUUCGAUUUUCCUUUACGUCUCUGAAUAGAUUGUUCCCAUUUGUUGAUUCUUUGUGUAUGAGAAAAGCGAGCUACAAUUUCAGAUACAUUUUAUAGGUUACUUCUAAUUUUAGUACUCAGCAUAAACUUGAUUACAAAGUCGGAUGCUUCUAUAGAUGAACUGUAUGAGCUCCCAGACAUUUUAUUCAAGCACAGUGGAAAAUAAUGGAUAGAUUAAAAUUGAAAUUAUUAACAUAUGGAAGCUGUAUAAUUAUAUGAAAAAUAUCCAGUGUUUUUUCACGAUGCGCUACAUACGCUUUUAUAUAUAUUAAUUAUUUUAGGUUCUAAAUAUAGAUUCAGAUAGAGAAAAAGUUCACAUCCACAUUUGAAAGAUCUUAUUAUGUAAAGAAUAUUUUUAAUUAUAUCGAGGUAGUCAUAAUCAACUUCAUUAGAAUGCAUAUAAUUGAAGCGAAUCGAACUCAUACAUUUCAAAGUGAAAAUUCAUUAUAUUACUAGGUGAAGUCUUGAGUUUUGUGUUUAAUCCGGGUCUGUGAGUUUGGCACGAAACACUUGGAUUUCUCUUGCUCUUCGAAUAAAUUGAAUUGUAUAAUCACCAAUCUCAUUUUUAUUAUAGGAUAAUGAAUAUGUAAUUUAUCAACUUGGUCAACAACGUUUAAUGUACAUUGUAGAAGUUGCAUGGGUACCAAACGAUCUUCUAAACAUUGAACUCGAACGAUUACCCGUUGUUCAUCAUGAUCAAUAUGCAUUAAAAUUAAGUGAACAUAUUGAAGUACCUAUGACCAUUGACGAUGAAGUUAUUGAAGUUGCCGAACAAGACUAUGGUUAA